GGCCCAGUGCUCAGUCGAGCGAGUACCUCCGCUCGGAAACGUCGCUCAGUCGCCCUGAGAGAAGGGACACAGAAGGGGUGUGUGAGGGACAGAGAGAUAAAGGGAGAGAAGAGGAGACAUUUCACUGACUCCGGCGAUUGAUUAUUUCGGCGUCGAACGUCUCUCAGACUGAUGCUCGCGAUCGCUGUGAUGCGCGAGUAGCAAGACCGCUCCUGAAGACACCGCUUCGACCUCGCCGCCGUCACCGAGGCACGACCCAGCACAUAGCAGGUCCUUCACCUUUCUGAAGACGUGCCCAGGAGGCCCUCCAGAUACCCGAGAAUACCCCUCCCUGGACGUAAUCCUUAGCCUCAUUCAGCAUGGGUAUGACCUGGUACCACAUGGUGGCCGCGUGGCUCCUGGCGUGGGUGGCGCUCGUCAUCGUCUCGCAGCGGUCGUGGGCGGUGUCGUGGCUCGCCCUGGGUCUUAUGGCCGCCCACAUCGGCGACUGGGCGAUGAAGGCGGCGAUGAACGCCAUGCCGAGGAAGAACAUCGACGGCAACGGCAAAGCGGUGUUCAUCACAGGCUGUGACUCCGGCUUCGGGAGGCUGCUGGCGAUACGUCUCGAUAAGCUGGGCUUUAAGGUGUACGCCGGGUGCCUCCAGCCCGACGGCACGGGUGCCACGUCGCUCAAGCUCGAAACCUCCUCGAAGCUGACGGUGGUGAGACUCGACGUCACGAAGGAGGAUGAGGUGCGAUUCGCCUACAAAUUCAUCAAGGAAGACCUCGGGAGUCUAGACCUGUGGGCCGUCGUGAACAACGCGGGCAUCGCGGCCUUCACGGAGAUCGAGUGGUGCCCCAUCGCCGAGUACCGCCGCGUCUACGAAGUCAACUCCCUGGGUCCCAUCCGCGUCACCAAGACCUUCCUGCCGCUCCUCAGGAAGUCCAGCGGCAGGAUCGUGCUCGUGGCUUCCCUGGCAGGACGCUACACCUUCCCCGGAUUCACGGCCUACAGCAUGAGUAAGCACGCGACGGUCUCCUUCGCCGACGGACUCAGGCUGGAGAUGCAAAAGUGGGGCAUCACCGUCCACACCGUCGAGCCUACUCUUUACAGGACGCCCAUUAGCCAGGAAGGACCCAUCCACCGCGCCCUCGACAGGUUCUGGGAGGAAUGCCCCGAGGACGUGAGGAAUUCCUACGGCGACGAAUACAUGAAGGACUUUAAGAUAACAAUCUCCGCCCACCUGAAUCGAGCUAAGCCCUCGGAGAAGAUUAAGGAGGUCGUCGACGAUAUGGUGGACGCCGUGGCAGGGCAGGACCCCAAGAGCCGCUACGUACCCAGUGUGGUGACACAAGUGAGAGCCAAGGUACUCUCCGCUCUGCCAGACAAAGUCCGCGACCACCUGUUCCUCAGCAGCCAGCCACAGACGCCACCUGCGUAUGUUGCAGCACGCAAGCAGAAGCGGCUGUUGAUGGACCCGCGGCCCAAGGCAGGCGUGCAGGGACCUCAAGGAGCGAGACUAUACCGAAUGUUCUCGAUGCCCAACUGGGACAAGAAGGAAAUGACGCCCUCGCCCAAAUCCGACACCAAGUUCAAAUUCUAGGGUGCGGUGGGCGUGCCUCGUGGGCGGAGCUAGACGGGGCCCUGCUUUCUGGCUGCUACAGGAGGAUGCGUGCAGGGCAGGAAGAGACGUUCAAAUGGCGAAGAAGAAAUCUAAGAGGUCCCUCUAGGUUGGGGGACUGCGGUGUUCGCGAUGGCUCUGGAGAAGGAGUUUCGUAAUCAGGAUAUUGCUUGCGUUGUCAAGUGUUGAUUCUCACACGUAUUUGUGGUUAGAAGGCAUAUAAAACGUUCUGUUGAGUAUGUUGAGUUUGGUCGUCGAGGACAGUUAUAUCAGGUACGAUGAACGUGAAACUGUUCAAUCACACUCUUCGAAAUGCUGACAUUACAAGGAUGACAAUAAAACGAAUAGCGUAGCUACUAGAAAGCGAUGAACAAUCCAUCGUUAACUGCCUCAGUCAUCAUUUUCAGUGUUAUUUUUUCGGUGUUAGGGAGUGUAAAGGGUAAAAUCAGAGGGCAAGCAAGUCCCCUCUGUCUUUUGCCACUUGAAUCGUUGAUUUGUGUCUUACAAAACUUCCAAGAUUCAUUUUUUUCCCCAGUAUCAUACAACUUCAUGCAUCGAAGAAGA